GACCCCUCCCCAAGCCUACACACUCAUUUGGAUUAAUGUCCAUUAAUACAAGUGGACACGAAGGCGAGGGUGAGCAACCCAUUUUCUUUCUUUUUUCAAAUGAUGUUUUACUGGCAAUAGCCUUAUGCUUCUCCAGCCCAGUACGGGGCGGUAAAUCACUAACUCGUUGCUCACAAAUGACAAUCAAAAAUAAGUAGAAGAAGAAAACACGCACCGGAAGUAAACAAACCACGCUCUGUUACAGUUGGUUCGGCGCUAUCGAUUCAUGAGUGAACUAAGAUACGAUGUUAUAGUAGUUUUGGGGGAAAUACACUAUAUUUAGGCAACAAUGUCUUCGGUUGAGUUUUUGAGAGAGUUUGUUAACGAGCGACUCUCUGCUGCUGCUGAAGAAAUAUUCAGAGUUUUUCAGAAAACCAUCGUCGAAUAUGAGGAGGAGAUCAGACGGCAGCGCAGACUGCUGGAUGUCGUUUUGAAACCGGAUAUACAAAUACAAAGGAUAGAGCUCCCACAGCAUCCUGUCUGUGAGGAGCAGGUUCUCUCUGAGCAGCAGCUCUGUAUUCAGGAGAGGAACUCCAGUCUGGACCAAGAGGACCCAGAGGACCCAGAGCCUCCACAGAUUAAAGAGGAGCAGGAGGAGCUGUGCACCAGUCCGGAGGGAGAGCAGCUUGGACUGGAGCAGGACACUGAUGCCUUCAUGUUGACUGCUACCGAGGAGGCAAGUGAGCACCAGCUCCUCUCUCACAACUCUCAUGUAGCUGAGAGCCAAGAUCAGGAAGGAGGCGAGCAAGACUCAGGAUCAACUGGACAUGCAGAGCCAAAACCACAGAAUGAAUAUCACAGAAAUACCAGUUAUGAAGGAAACAACAUUAAUUUGUCAGAGAUGCACACAGGUAAACAGCCUUUCAAUUGUGACUUAUGUGGAAAAGACUUUCAAAAUAACUCGUCACUGAAGACGCACCUCAGAUUUCACACGGGUGAGAGGCCAUUUCCUUGCAAUACAUGUGGGAGAGCUUUCAGACAUAAAAGCCACUUGAAACAGCAUAUUAGAAUUCACACAGGGGAGAAGCCAUUUCUGUGCCAAACGUGUGGGAAACGAUUCUGUCGAACAUCAACAUUUAAAAGGCAUAUUAUGAAAUUCCACAUGGGUGGAAGACGUUUUCUUGCAAAAGAUGUGGGAAAUGUGUCCGAUAUGAUGUAUAAUUGAGAGUCCACAUGAGAAGCCGCACAGGGGAGGAUCCGCAUUCUUGCAUCAUCUCUGGUAAAAAUGCCAUAUUCAGUAGUAACUUGGGAAGCCACACAGAAACACACACAGGGGAAAAGUUGAAUCCCUGCUGCACAGAGCCUCCACUGAUUGAAGAGGAGCAGGAGGAGCUGUGCACCAGUCAUGUAGCUGAGAGCCAAGAUCAGAAAGAAGGCAAGCAAGACUCAGGAUCAAAUAGACAUGCCGAGCCAAGACACACUGCUCUGCUUUCUGCAGUGACCUCAGCAGCUGUUCUCACUGUAAACAUCGCAUCACGAUUGAAGCAGUUAAUAAAACAAAAAAAGUAGCCUUAUAUCCAGGGGAGAGACAGUUUGCAGAGAUGUCAUUGGUUGAGAUCGGUCCAGCCGUGCAUCACGCCUCUUUUAAACAUUACUGUUGCCGGAAAUACAUCCGCAGAGGAUACAUCAGUGUAUCCACGGUCAUAGCCCCUCCAGAGAGCUUCCUUGAUGCUCGAUCCUCGAUCCUCGAUGUGCAUUUAGAGAAAUUAGAUGUCUUUCAUCAUGGCGCGUUAAAAUUGAUUUCCGGGUCACUACCGGAGGACCGAGGAGUCGAGGAGGCAGAAAUGUGACAAUUGAGAAAGGGCUACAGUCAACUAGAGCCAAAACAACAGAAUCAACGUCACAAAAUUCAAUAUAACACUGCAAACAACACACAUUUGUCAGAGUUGCACUGUCAUACUCACACAGGUUAACAGCCUUUAAAGGUCUCCUAUCAUGCAAAAUGCGCUUUUUAUGCCAAUAAAUACAAGAACACAAUAAUAUCAAUAAGAUGGAGUACACUUAAAGGUGGGGUAGGUAACUUUGAGAAACUGGCUCGAGAUACACAGAUGCUCUUAACAUCUCGAUAGCAAUGAAUAUCUCAAGUGCUUUGACAAAAAAUCCAUAAAAAAUGUCAUCUGUGGAAGCCGUAGUACUGUAAAAAGCACGACCAAUCAUCUGAGCCGGCCCGCCUAAAAUAACUGGAUGGCCUACCUGCCUGUCAGCCUUCCAUCUGUGCACAAACUUAUCUCGUGCCCUCAUUGGUCAUGUGCGCGUUCGUGUGUGUUGGAGGAGGGGCUCUGUAAGGAAGUGGCAGAUGUUUUCCGGCUGUGUAUUUUCAAAUUCUAGCGCACUCAAGCUGGUUUCUCCAAAAUGACCUACCCCACCUUUAAGUGUAUGUAAGACGACAGAAAUCCUAUACUUUAGAAAAGAAUAAACAAAGAUAUCUGGAAAACAAAAAAGGUAUCUUCUGCUCAUUGUUUUGUCUUUAAGAGAAAAAUAAAAAAUGAACGAGGAAUGUGA